GAGCGUGCGGGGCAGGAGCCGGGGCGACCUGCUCCGCGUCCUGGAGUUCGGGUAUUCCUUCCCGGCCCGUCUUUCCCCGCCGGCCUCCCCACACGGGGUCGGAGCCCCGGCGGGCGUCCCCAGCGAUGAUCCCGGACUGGAGGUGGCCGAUGUGACAGCAUGGGGGUGGACUUUGAUGUGAAGACCUUCUGCCACAAUUUGCGGGCAACUAAACCACCAUACGAGUGCCCUGUGGAGACCUGCCGCAAGGUUUACAAGAGUUACAGUGGUAUCGAGUACCAUCUGUACCACUAUGACCACGACAGCCCACCACCCCCACAGCAGACCCCACUGCGCAAGCAUAAAAAGAAAGGGCGCCAGUCACGACCAGCCAACAAGCAGUCACCCAGCCCGUCUGAAGUCUCACAGUCACCAGGCAGAGAGGUGAUGAGCUAUGCUCAGGCCCAGCGCAUGGUAGAGGUAGACCUUCAUGGCCGUGUCCACCGAAUCAGCAUCUUUGACAACCUGGAUGUGGUGUCAGAGGAUGAAGAGGCCCCUGAGGAGGCCCCUGAGAAUGGCAGCAACAAGGAGAACACAGAGACACCUGCGGCUACACCUAAGUCAGGCAAGCAUAAGAACAAGGAGAAACGCAAGGACUCUAACCACCACCACCACCACAGCGCUCCCACCAGUGCUGCUCCCAAACUGCCUGAGGUGGUAUACCGUGAGCUAGAACAAGAUACCCCUGAUGCACCGCCCAGGCCCACUUCCUACUACCGGUACAUUGAGAAGUCUGCAGAAGAGCUGGAUGAGGAGGUGGAGUAUGAUAUGGAUGAAGAGGACUACAUCUGGCUGGAUAUCAUGAAUGAGCGGCGGAAGACUGAGGGCGUGAGUCCCAUCCCACAGGAGAUCUUUGAGUACCUAAUGGAUCGGUUGGAGAAGGAGUCGUACUUUGAAAGUCACAAUAAAGGUGACCCCAAUGCACUAGUGGAUGAAGAUGCUGUGUGCUGUAUCUGCAAUGAUGGCGAGUGCCAGAAUAGCAAUGUCAUCCUCUUCUGUGACAUGUGCAACUUGGCUGUGCACCAAGAGUGCUACGGUGUCCCCUAUAUCCCUGAGGGCCAGUGGCUGUGCCGCCGUUGCCUGCAGUCACCUUCCCGUGCAGUAGACUGUGCUCUGUGCCCCAAUAAGGGUGGUGCCUUCAAGCAGACAGAUGAUGGCCGCUGGGCCCAUGUGGUAUGUGCCUUGUGGAUCCCUGAGGUCUGCUUUGCCAACACAGUCUUCCUAGAACCUAUUGACAGCAUUGAGCACAUCCCACCAGCCCGCUGGAAGCUUACUUGCUACAUUUGCAAACAGCGGGGCUCUGGAGCCUGCAUCCAGUGUCACAAGGCCAAUUGCUACACAGCCUUCCAUGUGACAUGUGCCCAACAGGCGGGCCUUUACAUGAAGAUGGAACCUGUGCGGGAGACAGGUGCCAAUGGUACCUCCUUUAGUGUCCGCAAGACAGCCUACUGUGACAUCCACACACCCCCAGGUUCUGCUCGCCGCCUGCCUGCCCUAUCCCACAGUGAGGGUGAGGAGGAAGAGGAUGAAGAAGAAGAUGAGGGUAAGAGCUGGAGCUCAGAGAAGGUCAAGAAGGCCAAAGCCAAGUCCCGGAUUAAGAUGAAGAAAGCUCGGAAGAUCUUGGCAGAGAAGCGGGCAGCAGCACCAGUGGUGUCCGUGCCCUGCAUCCCACCACACAGGCUCAGUAAGAUCACCAACCGCCUGACCAUCCAAAGGAAGAGUCAGUUCAUGCAGAGGUUACACAGCUACUGGACUCUAAAACGACAGUCACGGAAUGGGGUCCCACUACUGCGGCGUCUGCAGACACACCUUCAAUCUCAGAGGAAUUGUGAUCAAAUUGGGAGAGAUUCUGAAGAUAAAAACUGGGCCCUCAAAGAACAGCUCAAGUCCUGGCAGAGGCUCCGGCAUGACCUGGAGCGAGCUCGGCUGCUGGUGGAGCUGAUCCGCAAACGAGAGAAACUCAAAAGGGAGACGAUCAAGAUCCAGCAGAUUGCCAUGGAGAUGCAGCUCACCCCUUUCCUCAUCCUCCUCCGAAAAACCUUGGAACAGCUCCAAGAGAAGGACACAGGCAACAUCUUCAGCGAGCCGGUCCCUCUGUCUGAGGUACCUGACUACCUAGACCACAUCAAAAAGCCCAUGGACUUUUUCACCAUGAAGCAGAACUUGGAGGCUUACCGCUACUUGAACUUUGAUGAUUUUGAGGAGGACUUCAACCUCAUUGUCAGCAAUUGUCUAAAGUAUAAUGCCAAGGAUACCAUCUUCUACAGAGCAGCAGUGCGACUCCGUGAGCAGGGUGGCGCUGUGCUCCGUCAGGCCCGGCGCCAGGCAGAAAAAAUGGGCAUUGACUUUGAGACAGGCAUGCAUAUCCCUCACAACCAGGCCGGAGAUGAGGCCCCACACCACACUGAAGAUGCAGAUGAAGAACGGCUGGUCCUGUUGGAGAACCAGAAACACCUGCCAGUAGAAGAGCAGUUGAAGUUGUUGCUGGAGCGGUUGGAUGAAGUUAAUGCCAGCAAGCAGAGUGUGGGCCGCUCCCGGCGUGCAAAAAUGAUCAAGAAAGAGAUGACAGCAUUGCGGCGGAAGCUUGCUCACCAGCGGGAGACUGGCCGGGAUGGGCCUGAGCGUCAUGGCCCCUCCAGUCGGGGCAAUCUGACACCCCACCCAGCAGCCUGUGACAAGGAUGGACAAACUGACAGUGCCGCCGAAGAGAGCAGCAGCCAAGAGACAAGCAAAGGCCUGGGUCCCAACAUGUCCUCAACCCCCGCACAUGAGGUGGGCAGGAGAACCUCAGUUCUGUUCUCCAAAAAGAACCCGAAGACAGCUGGACCGCCCAAGAGGCCGGGCCGCCCCCCAAAAAACCGGGAGACCCAGAUGACCCCCAGCCACGGAGGCAGUCCUGUGGGGCCCCCCCAGCUCCCAAUCAUGGGCUCCCUACGUCAGCGCAAGAGGGGUAGGAGCCCCCGGCCCAGUUCAAGCUCAGACAGCGACAGUGAUAAGUCCACAGAAGAUCCCCCAAUGGACUUACCAGCCAAUGGCUUCAGCAGUGGGAACCAGCCAGUGAAGAAGAGUUUCUUGGUGUACCGUAACGACUGCAACCUUCCGAGAAGCAGCUCAGACUCUGAGUCCAGCAGCAGCAGCAGCAGCAGUGCCGCCUCAGACCGGACCAGCACAACACCCUCAAAACAAGGCCGGGGCAAGCCCUCCUUCUCUCGGGGCACAUUCCCAGAGGACAGUAGUGAAGAUACCUCAGGCACUGAGAAUGAGGCCUACUCCGUGGGCACUGGCCGCGGCGUGGGCCACAGCAGUAAGUACCCUCACCCAAAGUCAGGGGUGCUGGGGACCCAGUUUCAAAGCCUUGGUAGCCCUGCAGCUGCUGAUCCACCCCCUCUCUCCCGUUCCUGUGAAGUGGUAAGAAAGAGUCUGGGUCGAGGAGCUGGCUGGCUGUCAGAGGAUGAGGACUCCCCAUUGGAUGCUCUGGAUCUUGUGUGGGCCAAAUGCCGAGGCUAUCCAUCAUACCCAGCUCUGAUCAUUGAUCCAAAGAUGCCCCGAGAAGGUAUGUUCCACCAUGGGGUUCCCAUCCCUGUGCCACCACUGGAGGUUCUAAAACUUGGGGAACAGAUGACACAGGAAGCCCGAGAGCAUCUCUACCUCGUUCUCUUCUUUGACAACAAGCGAACCUGGCAGUGGCUGCCCAGGACUAAACUCGUUCCUCUGGGUGUGAACCAGGAUCUAGACAAAGAGAAGAUGCUGGAGGGCCGCAAGUCCAACAUCCGCAAGUCAGUGCAGAUUGCCUACCACAGGGCUCUGCAGCACCGCAGCAAGGUGCAGGGUGAGCAGAGCAGCGAGACCAGCGACAGUGACUGAUACUGUCAGAGCCCACUAGUGCUCUGUGACCGCUCUCCUUCCCUUUGCUCACUGUCCUGGAGUGGUGCUGCCCUCUGCACUGAUUAAUUCCUGGUCUUGGGGCCAGUCUCAGGGGAAGUUGGGUAGGGGAGGUCCCUCCUGCCCUGAGUGCAGCUGGACUGUACAAAACACUCCAAGGGUCCAUGGCCACUCAGUGCAAGGGGAGGAGAAGUCCCACAGGUCAAAAAGAGCUCAAGACCUCAUGGCAGUAUAGGGCAGGUUGGUGGGCCACAGUUAGAAUACUGAAUAAAACAGGCCAUACCACCCCUACCUGCUCAUGCCAGAGGAAUCCAUAACUGCCUAGAGGCCUGAGGCCCUUGCACGAGGUAAGGUCAGCCAGCAUCUUCCCAGCCUAGCAGUGGGAUUGAUGUCUAGCCUAGAAGAGGGACACAAGGUGACCCCUCUCUGCUGUUGUAAAUGCUGUAAUUAUUGGAGAAUUUAAAUUAUUCUCAUUUGUAACUGCGUUUCCGGGUCGCGCCAGAGUCAUUUGGUACUUAAAAAAAGAAAAAAGAAAACAAAAAAAAGAGCUUGUCUCUACUUCCUUUCUUUUUCCCAUAGAAUUCCCCCCUACCUUUCAAACUGGUUUGUAUUUAUUUCAAAGGAAGAAAAUAUAUUGAUUCUUAGAAAAUAAAGUCUAUUUAGAAUUCUUUCUUCUUGCCUUCUACCAGGGAAAGGUCUGUGCCUCAUAGAUGGGAUGUACUAUUUGUUUGCUGUUUUUUGAAACAGAGUUCUCUGUGUAGCCUUGGCUGUCCUGGACUUGAUUUGUAGACCAGCCUGGUCUUGAACUCACAGUGAUCCUCUUCCUGUGCCUGUGCCUGCUGAGUGCUGAGAUAAAAGGCAAGGGCCACUAGGCCCUGUGAUGGGAUGUACUUUGUACCCAAGGGAUUGCUGAUU